AUGAGGGCGGGAGUGACCCUCCGUAGUUAUGCCAGUCGAUAUUGGGAGAUAUACAAUAAGAUAAGUGGGGAUAACGAAAGGGUCGUAGCAAGCACUUUUAGGAUGGGGUUGCCCGAGGAUUCCGAGCUACGAGAGUCGUUGACCAAGAAGCCUUCCGAAGGCAUGUGGCAGCUUAUGGGACGCAUCGAGGAAUAUAAACGAUUAGAGGAUGAUCGGCUGCAGAGCAAAAGUAAAGCGCCGAUGAUGAAUCGUCCCCGGCAGACUGGUUUCCCGUUCAGGCCUCGAGGGGGUCUGACGAUUCAAAAGCCGACCGCACAAAUGGGAGAAGUGAAUGUAACAUUUGAGGAACCGGUACACAGGAUUCUUGACUGGAUCAAACACGAGCCGUAUUUUCGAUGGCCGAAUAAGAUGGGAGGGGACCCAUCCAGGAGGAAUCAGAAUUUGUACUGCAUUUAUCACCAGGACAAGGGUCAUACUAUUGAACAAUGCCAAGUAUUAAAGGAUCACCUCGGGCAAUUAGUCAAAGUCGGGCACUUAAAGGAUUUCGUGCUAGACCCGGGGGACAGAGUCGUAGGGUAA